AUGACGUUCGGGCUGCGAAUUCUGCUAGUGGUGGCUCUGAGUCUGGCGGUGCUGGGUCCGCUUACGGCAUCACAUGAUGCCCUCGCUGAUUCGGUGUUCGAUGUUGCCGCAAAAGCAGAGGCAGCGGCUGCCGCUAAAGAGAGAAACCUACAGCGCAGCAUCGCGGACGACCAGGUUCGCAUUUUGUACUGCACGGCGUGCGGCUACCAGCAGAACUUCAACCAGAUCAAGACGUACCUGGAGGACACUUUCCCGCAUUUGGUGGACAGAGUGUAUGGCGCCAACUACGAGGUGGACCCAUACAAGAUGGUUGGUGGCAUUGUUGCUAUGCUGGCUCAGUUCUUGGGCUACGCGCAAGCGACAGCGAUGAUUCUGCUGCUGUUUGGGGAAUACAUAUUGCCUGCUCUAGGUGUGGAAAUGACGAUGCUGCGUUGGGCGAGGGACAACCGCAUCGCUGCCUUUUUCGUCGUGGUGCUCAUGGGUUCUGCCGCUAGUAGUUUGACGUCAUCAGGGGCGUUCGAGAUCUACUUUAACGGUACGUGA